UGUCUCGCCCGGUGGUGGUAAGCUAACUCUGGCUCGUCCUUUCCAACGUGCGGGGUGGGCGGGGAAAAAAAACCCACAAGUAUGACCACCCGGUCCCGGUGGACGUGGCCCUGGCCGUCGCCACGCUGCCGCUGGCACUGGACCUUUGCUGUGACCGGGCCGAGUGUGCCCUGCCGGCGGCUGACCGGGCCCUGGUGGCCGAGCUGCAUGAGCUCGCCGGCAAUGCCAUCCUCUGCCUGUGGCACGCUACCAACACCUCUCGACCGGACCAAGUGGAGGAAAUGUCGGCCCUUGGGGAGCUGGAGCGCGCGAUCCUCGGCCUGCUGAGCGGAGCCGGGACAUCGGGUCUGCGCGUGCUGGCCUCGCCUCGACAUGCGGGCUCUGCCGUUGCUCCUGGGGCCGGGCCGCUGGCCUGCCCGGCGCUGGCCGCCACGCAGGGCUUGCUCCUGCUGAAUGCCAUGGUCCGCGCGGCCGGCCCGGCUCUCGGGCAUAUGGCCACCGCGGCCCGGUCUCUGGAAUUCCUCCUCGGCCUGGAGUCGUGCCUCGUGCGGCAGCCCCUGCUUGGACGCCUGUAUGACGAGUAUCUCUCCCUGCCGGGGAAUGGCCUGGCUCCUGGGGUGGCUUCCCUCCUGGAGGGCAUCACCGACCAGCCGCUGAUCGAGCGCCUGCAGAUCCACUUCGGGCUAGAGAGGUGACACGCCGCCUGUUUUCCCCCUCGCCCGGGUCUCUUUCUUGCCUGGCUCUCUUUCUUGCCUGGCUUUCUUCCUCGCCCGGGUCUCUUUCUUGCUCCCCCCCCC